CAGUCUUGCAUAAUCAUAUCUCCCUUAAUGCAUUGGCAAGUAACUUGGUUUCUCUUUUGUCCCGGCGAAAUCUCUUGUCCCCGUCCGCGGUCGAAUUUCAUCAGCCACGAGAAAUAGUGUCAAGGUUUCUCCAGAAGAUACGGCUACAAUUACGAAAAAAGCUGCAGGAACCCUUUUACCUCAAAGAAGCGGAUGACAAUGAAAUGCAGCGACUUGUUGAGGAAAAAUCAGUCUCUGAUCAGCCCAUCACUGGUUCAGUCGAAUCAUCCAUUAGUUUACGUGUGAAAGCCUGUCCUUGUGCCGGUGGAGAUCAGAAAGGACUCCAGCCGCACUUUGGGAUCGACUUGAGUCAUGCACCGGCAGGCUAUUUCACGAACAAAGAAUCACUGCUGAGUGAUCUGACAGAAGGAGAAAAUGUGACGGUGUCAUGUGAAGCCAAAAAACUAGAAGCUGUGCAGAAGCAAAGGGCAGAAACUGAUUUUGUGCCAAAGCAAAACGCUCAAGAUACAGAGGCUGAACCAUUUUCGUGGGUAGUAAAAAAGGACGCUGAUCGUCAUGCUGCUUCAGAAAAAGUUCAUUCAUAUUCAUUGCCCUCAGAAUCGGAAGUUGCUUUACAUUGCUCAGAAUCUGAAUUAGAAGACACAGAUAAGAAGAUGAAGAUCAAAGCAAGUCCAGAAUUUUAUAAGAGAGAAGCAUUGGAAAGUGCAGUAUUACAAAAGCGAAUCACUGUAGAGCCAGAGGUUGAACACUUGGAAGUAAAUAAAGACACUGCCUCUGAGGAAGUUCAUUCAUAUCCAUCAGAACAAGAAUCUGAAGUAGAUUCAUAUUGCUCGGGACCAGAAUAUGAAGUUGGAGAUAAAAAGGCGAGGACUGAAGCAAUUCCAGAAUAUGAGAUUAUGCAUAUACCAAAAAUGCAAAAGGAAAGUUCUACACACUCUACUUUGGAUGAUAACAAUGCCUCAAUUGAUAUGUUAGGCCAUGGUGGAAAACAAGAGAGGAGAUCAUCACAAGGAUGCGGUGCCAUUGACUAUGAUUCUAUAGUCGACCAUCUCAUCAAGUCCAUAGCAAAAUCUAAAAUUGAAAAAAUUGGAAUAUAUGGCAAAAAUGAGGUUGGAAAAGGUAUUGUCGUUGAAGCCUUGAAGGAAUCAGCAAUAUUGAGGUAUCUAUUUGAUAGAGUCAUUUCUGUUACUGUUCCUCUGAACUGUGACGUGGAAAAGGUGCAAAAGGAGAUUGCUGGACAAAUAUCUAAUGAUUUAACUGAACCCAAUGCGUUUGAUAUGCCACAUUCAGGGGUGAAUGCACUGGAAGGCCUCAAAUUUUUGCUCAUUCUUGUUGGCAUUAAUCAACACACGAAGCUGGAGGCAUUGAGAAUUCCUGAUUCAACACCACUAGUUGGUAGCAAGAUAGUCUUUGUGACUGAUUCAGGACAAUUGUGCGAUGAAAUCGAAGUGGAUAGAAAAAUAUGUUUGGACGAUCUCUUCUUUGGGGAAUUAUUUCGUCAGAAUGUGGGUGCAACUGUUCAUUCAACUGCUGUUCAAUUCCUAGCUAGGGAAAUAGUUAGGAUGUGCAGGCACUAUUCACAUGCUGUUAUUCUAGUGGCAAGGGCAUUGCAAAAAGUUGACGACAUUUUAAUCUGGAAACGGGCGCUUGAAAGACUGACUGUUCGACCUGAAAGUCAUGAAGCAGGUAUAGAAGCUCUUAUGGUUAAUGUAUUAAGAUUCAGCAUUGACCAACUAGAAGAUGAUAAAACUAGAAGAUGCUUGAAAAAUCUUGCUCUUUGUAACAAUUACCAUGAGAUUGCAUCCGAGUCAGCCAUAGGCCUAUGGGUCAGGGAUGGUAUGGUAGACACCCAUGAUGAAGGCCAAAGAGUCCUAAAAAAUCUUGUCAAUGCUAAUCUGCUUGAAGUUGAUGAGAAUGGGCAAUUUGUGAAGUUUCAAGAUCAGGAUCAGAAUAUAUUAGUGAACUUAAUAUUUCAACCUGAGGAAAAUCGCCUGUUUCUGAUGCGGGGUGGCUUGGAUUUGACAGAGCCACCGGCGGUUGAGGAAUGGGAGAGUGCAAAAGAGAUUUGUUUGAUGCAUACCGGAAUUUCUGAGCUACCGAAGGAACCAAGGUGCCCUUCACUUUCGUCGUUAUAUCUGCAAAGAAAUUACAAGUUGAGAAAGCUUUCUUCUUCAUUUUUCAAUCAGAUGCCUGCUCUAGAAGUUUUGAAUCUAUCCAACACUCGCAUUCGGUGCUUGCCAGAGUCCAUAUCUCAACUUGUCAGCCUCAAAAGACUCUUUUUGAAUGAUUGUGUGCUUUUGAGAUCGAUAUCGCCAGCAAUCGGAAGGCUCAAGCAGCUGGAGGUAUUUGAUCUUGAGGGGACAAAGAUUAAGAAUCUUCCCCAGGAAAUUGAAUGUUUAAUUAAUCUAACUUGUUUGGGGAUCUCAAUUUCUGGAACUGAACCUUCAAAUGACUCUAAAACAGUGAUUCCUCAAGGGGUAAUAUCAUCUCUAUUACACUUGGAAGAAUUGAAUCUCGAUGUGGAUGCCGAUGCCGAAUGGUGGGAUACAUGUGCCGAAGGUGUUGUAUCUGAAGUUUGCAACUUGAAAAGGUUAAGCACUGUCAAGUUCUCCUUUCCUACAUUGAAACUUUUGAGGCAGUUUAAUCAGCUUAGGAAAUCGAUGGAGCAUCCAUCUUUAGCUCAAUUCAGACUUCUCAUUGGCAAUCAGGCUAACCGCAUUAUGAAUCGGCUACCAUCAGAUAUUGAAUUCGAGCUGGAUCGGUGCGACCGAUACUUGAGGUACACAAAUGGUGACGGUGUCUUCACAGAUAUUAAGGAUAUCCUGCAACAAUCAGAUGCUUUUUUCUUAGAAAGGCAUGCUAAUCUCAAGAAGCUGUCCGAACUAGGGAUUGAUAGCAUGGACCAACUCAAAUGGUUUGUUCUGGGGGAGUGUAAUGAGCUUGAAGUGCUCGUGGAUGCAUCUGAUACCCUUCAUCAAGAGGCUUUGAUUGAAUCUCACUGCAAAAGCAUUUGUCUUGAAUCGCUCGAGUUUCUGUAUGUGUAUUCCAUGAAAAACUUGAGGAACAUUUGGAAGGGCCCAAUGCAGAAGGGAUGUUUAUCUUCUCUCAAGUUGUUGACACUGUGUAAAUGCCCUGAGUUGACAGUUAUUUUCUCACACGAGAUGCUUGAUAAUCUGAACAAUUUGGAAGAGGUCACAAUUGAGGACUGCCCAGCCAUCAAAAGCCUAAUUAGCUGCCAAACUUCUACUGGCAAAGUCUGUGAGACGUCUUAUUUCCUCCCUAUUUUGAAGAAGUUGUCCCUCCAUUACGUACCAAAACUUUCCAGUAUAUCCUGUGGGCUACGGAUCGCACGGAGGUUAGAAAGGUUGAGUUUUUAUUACUGCCCAAGUCUCAAGUCUCUUUCGACCGAUGAAGUUUCCGGUGAGCAUUUGAAGAAAAUCAGGGGGGAGAGGAGUUGGUGGAACGACUUGGAAUGGCGCGGCCAUAAGCCAGAUCACUUGGACGGUAUUUUCGUGCCAAUUGAUACUUGCGACGUCCCUUGACUUUCUGUGUGUGUGUGAUUCUGACUGUUGGAUCUGCCUAACAGGUCAGUGGGAACUUCAGUUGCUUAAUGACUAUUGUAUCGAAUGAAUAUCGCUAGUUAAACUUUUGAGAACUCCUGCCUACCUAAUGGCAGGCCUUACUA